UACUAUCGAUAGCCCCAUCGAUAGUUUUCCAAUACUAAUUGACAACUCCUAAGUUUUGAAAUAUGUAUUUAAGUUUAAUGUUAAAUGUUUAUUAUUUCUAAAGUUUGGAGUUAUCGGUGGAAUUUCAUAAUUUUCAAAAAGUUACAAGCGAGAUGCUAAACCAACAGCUUCAAGGCCAGGGUCAGCAAACGCAUCCACAGGUCUCGUCUCAAUUAAUGCAGCAACCUAUCGUUCAAAAUAUUAACUCCAGCGUAGGAAAACUUAGUGACUCUCAUGGGCUUUCGUCUGUUGGGUUAUUGGAGUUAGCACAUCGGGAAUAUCAGGCGGUGGAUUAUGAAAAUGCUGAAAAGCACUGCAUGCAAUUAUGGAGACAAGAUAGCACAAAUACUGGAGUUUUGUUGCUCUUAUCAUCAAUUCAUUUUCAAUGUCGACGCUUGGAUAAAUCUGCACAAUUUUCAACACUUGCUAUAAAACAAAAUCCUCUUUUGGCCGAAGCUUACAGCAAUUUAGGAAAUGUUUAUAAAGAACGUGGUCAGCUUCCAGAAGCAUUAGAAAACUAUAGACGAGCAGUUAGGCUAAAGCCUGACUUUAUUGAUGGAUAUAUAAACUUAGCGGCUGCUUUGGUGGCGGCUCGUGACAUGGAGUCUGCAGUUCAGGCGUAUAUUACUGCGUUGCAAUAUAAUCCGGACCUUUAUUGUGUACGUAGCGAUCUAGGAAAUUUGCUGAAAGCUCUAGGUAGACUGGAAGAGGCUAAGGCUUGCUAUUUAAAAGCAAUUGAAACAUGCCCAGGAUUUGCUGUGGCUUGGAGUAAUUUAGGAUGUGUUUUUAAUGCCCAAGGCGAAAUUUGGUUGGCAAUACAUCACUUUGAAAAAGCUGUCACCUUGGACCCUAACUUUCUUGAUGCCUAUAUCAAUUUGGGAAAUGUCCUUAAAGAAGCAAGAAUAUUUGACAGAGCGGUAGCGGCUUAUUUGCGAGCUUUAAGUUUAUCACCAAAUAAUGCGGUUGUUCAUGGAAAUUUAGCAUGCGUCUAUUAUGAGCAAGGGCUGAUUGAUUUGGCUAUUGACACCUAUAGGCGUGCGAUAGAGCUGCAGCCUAACUUCCCAGAUGCUUAUUGCAAUUUAGCCAAUGCACUUAAAGAAAAGGGACAGGUUAAAGAAGCGGAAGAUUGUUAUAACACAGCUUUACGUUUAUGCCCAAACCAUGCUGAUUCUUUGAACAACUUGGCAAAUAUCAAACGUGAACAAGGAUAUAUUGAGGAAGCGACGCGCCUAUAUUUGAAGGCGCUGGAAGUAUUUCCAGACUUCGCAGCAGCACACUCCAACUUGGCUUCAGUUCUUCAGCAGCAAGGAAAAUUAAAAGAGGCUUUAAUGCAUUACAAAGAAGCAAUUCGUAUUCAACCAACUUUUGCUGAUGCAUAUUCCAACAUGGGAAACACAUUAAAAGAGCUUCAGGAUAUAAAUGGUGCUCUCCAAUGUUACACACGUGCGAUUCAAAUAAAUCCUGCAUUUGCUGAUGCACAUAGCAACCUCGCCAGUAUACAUAAGGAUUCGGGAAAUAUUCCAGAUGCCAUACAGUCGUACAGAACAGCAUUGAAAUUAAAACCUGAUUUUCCCGAUGCUUAUUGCAAUUUAGCUCAUUGUUUACAAAUUGUAUGUGACUGGACAGACUACGACGCUCGAAUGAAAAAACUUAUUAGCAUUGUAGCAGAACAGCUUGAGAAAAAUCGAUUACCUUCCGUUCAUCCACAUCAUUCAAUGCUUUAUCCACUAUCACAUGAGUUCCGCAAAGCUAUUGCUACCAGGCAUGCAAAUCUGUGUUUAGAAAAGAUUCAUGUGCUACACAAGCCGGCAUAUAAGUUUUCACAUGAUUUGCCUACAGAUGGGAGGCUACGUAUUGGAUAUGUAAGCUCAGACUUUGGCAACCAUCCUACCUCCCAUUUAAUGCAAUCAAUCCCAGGACUUCAUGAUAAAACAUGUGUCGAGAUAUUUUGUUAUGCGUUAAGCUCAGAUGAUGGGACAACCUUCCGAUAUAAAAUUAUACGUGAAGCCGAACAUUUUGUAGAUUUGUCCCAAAUUCAGUGCAAUGGUAAAGCCGCUGAUCGCAUUUACUCUGAUGGAAUUCACAUAUUAGUGAAUAUGAAUGGAUAUACCAAAGGUGCACGCAACGAAAUCUUCGCUUUACGCCCUGCGCCAGUGCAAGUUAUGUGGCUCGGAUACCCGGGAACUAGUGGCGCUAGUUUUAUGGACUACAUUAUAACAGACCCUGUUACUAGUCCCAUGGAGCUUGCUUCGCAAUACAGUGAAAAGCUUGCGUAUAUGCCGAACACGUAUUUCAUUGGCGAUCACAAGCAAAUGUUUCCUCAUCUUAAGGAACGAAUUAUUGUAUGUGACAAACAGCAAUCAACUAUGGCAGACAAUAUCGCCGUUAUAAACGCUGCAGACUUAUCACCACUGGUAGAAAGUGCAGAUGUUAAAGAAGUUAGAGAAAUAGUAAAUGUGCAAAAGCCAGUGGAAAUUACACAUAAGGUUGCAGAACUCCCAAAUACUACUCAAAUUGUAUCAAUGAUUGCUUCCGGUCAAGUCCAGACCUCUCUUAAUGGCAUUGUUGUUCAAAACGGGCUAGCUACCACGCAAACAAAUAACAAAGCCGCAACUGGAGAGGAAGUUCCUCAAAAUAUUGUUAUAACAACUCGGCGCCAAUAUUUAUUACCCGAUGACGCAAUAGUUUAUUGUAAUUUCAAUCAAUUAUACAAGAUAGAUCCACAAACGUUACAAUCAUGGGUUUCUAUUUUAAAGAGUGUGCCAAAUUCAGUGCUAUGGCUACUGAGGUUUCCUGCCGUUGGAGAACAGAAUAUAAAGAAAUCGGUUGAAGCCGUUGGUCUCUCUUCUGAGCGUGUGAUUUUUUCAAACGUGGCUGCAAAAGAAGAACAUGUCCGUCGUGGUCAAUUAGCUGACAUAUGUCUCGACACGCCGCUUUGUAAUGGACACACCACUUCUAUGGAUGUUCUUUGGACAGGAACGCCUGUAGUUACCUUACCAGGAGAAACAUUGGCAUCACGAGUUGCUGCAUCACAGUUGGCAACUUUGGGUUGCCCAGAGCUUAUAGCACACACGAGACAAGAAUACGAAGACGUUGCAAUUCGAUUAGGAACUGAUAGAGAAUACCUGAAAGCGAUGAGGGCAAAAGUGUGGAAAGCUCGUGUAGAAAGUCCUUUGUUCGACUGCUCUCAAUAUGCUAAAGGAUUAGAAAUGGUUUUCAGCCGAAUGUGGGAGCGAUUUGCUAACAAUGAACUCCCAGAUCAUAUAUAUGCAGUUAAAGACAAGUGAAAAUGAAUAAAUAUAUUAACGUGUUUGCUAUUUUAUGAAUGCGAAAAUACAAAUAAGAUUUUAUUUACAAAUUUGUUUGAUGUUAAAAGAAGUUGUCUAUAAGUUGUCAUUUUUAAUACACACAAACGGAUAUACGAUUCCUAGUUUUAACGCAAGUAACAGCAUUGAGUUGACUACGAGAAAUAUGGUUUUAAAUAAAAUACUGUACUUAUCCAGAAGUUACAAAAUAUUAUAAACUAAAAGAAAUAAAAGUUAUCAGCCACAAAGAAGGAU